CUUGGAUUAGUUAAAGUUGGCUAAGUUUCUAACCCUAAAAUAAUCUUAAUAGGCGACCUUAAUACUCACAAUAUUAACAAUUAAAUCAGAAAAAUUAUUAAUUUCGACCUGUGAAUUUACUGAAAAUUAACCAAGCCCUCUGAUGGAGAUAAUAGAGUUGAGGCUUUGCAAAGACAUCCAGCCUAGUUAUUAAUCAACUUUAGCGACACAUCAAUUUGCAACUGAUUAUUAAUCUACAAAUAGUAUCAUAUACCUAAAUAUUGCAGUAAAGAAUGGAGAUGACUCUCAUUGCUAGAAUUAACAGAACCCAAAGAUCAUAAUCCAGCAUUCAGUCUAGCAUCCAUGCUACUCCACUACAAUUAAGCUAAUGUUUACGAUUGCUUCUAGAGAUGAGGCCUAAUGCUCAGUCAGGCCAGUUAUUGGUGCCAAAUGGCAUUUAAUAAUGAAGAAAAAAGAAGGUCUUUCCAAGAGUUUGCUAUUAAUAUUCUUGUAGGCUAUCGCAGUAAUUUAGUAAUUAUGUUACCAAGACUGGUGACCAAGUAUUGUGACUAAACUUCAAAAAGAGGCUAAAAUCCUUAAAAUUGUCCACUUUUCAUGCUACUAAAUGUUUUAUUUGGUUAGUCAUGACUCCCUUCUUUGCCAAGCGAGAUUAAUCAUCUUAAAUACAUUUGUUCAGCAAUUUCAUAAGGACUUAGU